CAUAAUAGGCGUGUUUGUAGGAGAAAUGGUGUUUGGUAGAUAUCGUGCAUUACGAGGGUUCCACGAUCUUCAUAAUCAUUAGAUGCUCCAAUUUGUGUAAUAUUUUCUCAUAUAAAAAAUGCCCGCCACCCCGCGCUCUCACUUCAUAUCUGUUACCCUUUGCAUGGCGGCAUAAUUCACAGUUUCAGUGCCCAUGCCAGACCAGAAGAAGAAACGUUUCGUGUUUGACUUUGAUGACACUGACGACGAUGUUGAAUCAGCAACUGGAGCUCUUGAGCCAUUUGGAAGCAAUGGCAUCCACCGAUCUGCAUUCACUGGAUCCACGUUCAAUGCCGAUCAGUACCUGACCAGCAGACGCCACUUAGGACUGGCAGGUUUGAAAACCGAACUCAAUGGGCACCUACGUCAACUCAAAUCACAGUUGGUUGAACUCAUCAACAGAGACUAUGCUGAUUUCGUCAAUUUGAGCACGAAUCUUAAGGGUCUUGACAAAGUCAUGGCCAAUCUGCAACUGCCAAUACAAGACAUGCGAAGUGAUGUGACGUCUAUUCGCCAGGAAAUGCAAAGUGUAAUAGAUGCCCUGGAGAGCAGUUUGCAGGAGCGAGCCCAAGUCCGAGAGCAAAAGGCAUCACUCAAAUUGUUGCUAAAUAUUCAUGAAUCCGUUACAAAGGUCGAGAAUCUGCUGCAGAUCAAUCAGGAUGGCAAGAAGCGCCAGUCAACACUGCUGGCAAUUAACGGGGAACUGGAGGAAAAUGGCGAUGCAACCAACAACUUGGACAAGAAGCAAAUUGAAAGAGUGGCCGUGGAAUAUAACCAGAUGCAGCACUUGGUCAGCAGAGGCAAAGCUCUACCAUUUGUGGUAGAGAACGAAUGGCGUAUCACUCGAAUUAAGGACACUUUGCAGAGCCAUUUAUCUACAGCAUUGGCGAAUGCUUUGAAAGAGAUGAAGUCAAUACCAACGGACUCGACGGUCAAAGCUUCUCUAAUUCAGUGCUUACGUACUUAUGCGUUGCUGGAUCAAACUACCUCAGCGGAGCAAGUGAUUCGGAGGGAGUUGAUUGCGCCGGCCCUAUCGAAUAUCAUUAAUCGCCAGGCGUUGAAUGCACAACCCACAGAAGGAUCGGGACAAUUUAACGGAAAUCCGUUGUCAUCCAUAUAUAACCAGAUUAUCGUAUUUGCCACGGACAAACUUUCGCCGUUGACAGAUAUCGCAGGUCGCACCUUAAAAGGGGCUCACUAUGAGAUUUUGGUGGAUUGCUUGUGGGUCGAUAUAGUUGAACGAAUCAACAAGGAAUGCAGUUCUAUCUUUGCACCGGGUAUACCAGACGUUUUUCACAAGAACUAUGUGACGACCAUUGACUUCGUAACCAAGUUUGAGGCUUUGCUACCAUCCCGAAAAUCUCUUUUGUAUCUCAGAAACCAUAGCUCUUACACUGAAUUUAUGCGACGAUGGCAACUUUUAGUUUACUUCCAGCUGAGAUUCAAAGAGAUAGCCUUUCCUGUAGAGGACCGAUUAAAGAUAAAUUCUUUCGACAUGCCAAUAGAUAUACAGCAAAAUGGCGUGAACCUCCUUACAACCAAAGCCAUAUCAAAUGCAAUUCACCAAUGCUGGUCUGAGCAAAUAUAUAUCUAUACUCUAUCGCAUCGCUUCUGGAAGAUGACCUUACAGCUAAUUAGAAGAUAUGACCUUUGGGCGACUAAUGCACUUGCGAAUACAUCUACUGAAACUGACAAGAGUCAACAAGGUGCCAACACGCCGUCACGGCCAUCAACCCCGAUCGAUAAUAUCUCAGUGGAUGAAACAAGAAACCUUCGCCAACUGCUUGUUCUCGCUCAUGAUGUCGAUACGUUGGUAAGGGAGACAAAGGAACUUUUUGAGAAUGAAAUCUCUUUAAAACUACCAGAAACAAUGCGUGAUGAACCCCUUAUGAAAGACAGCCUUUAUUUGUCUCUUCAAACAUUGGUGAAUUCAGUCCAACCCGAAGUUCAACGCAAACUUACCGUCAUUUUAAGUCGUCGGUGUAUUGACGUUGCCAAAAAUGUAAAAAGCAUUACAACCCAAUACCGACAUACCAAUAAGCGACCUCCAACCGAGCCAUCUCACUAUGUAUCCAACAUCCUUCGGCCAUAUACCAUUGUUCGCGAUCAGAACAAAACAUUUAUAGCGUCGAGCCGGGAACAUGAACUGAUCACUCUUGUCGCGGAAGCUGUUACUGCCAGGUAUACCCAGAAUAUCGCUGAUAUGCUUUCUUCGAUGCAAAAGGUGGAAGAGUCUUUAAAAAAGCUCAAGAAAAAUCGUAAAGGAGGGGCAAUGGGUUCUUCAUUGCUAGUCGGCUCGUCUUCUUCCGAGCCCUCUAUGAGUGAUGAAGACAAAAUCCGAUUACAAGUGUACUUAGACGUCAAGGCCUACGGAGUUCAGUUGAAAAAUGCUGGACUCGACAUUGAGUCAUUCACUCCAUACUGCAACCUGUUUGACAUUGUAAAACAAUAUGAGUCCUUGAUAUCUUAGAUUUUUUUGUAACGAAAUAAAAAUGUUUGGUAGAUUCAAAGCUUAAUACCACUGACAAAUCGGGACAAUGGUGGACAGAAACAUAAUAUCUUUUGGUCGAUGAAGUUUAUAAACAAUGCUGUGUGCCUAAAAAGUCAAUGAAUGGCGAUGCAUUUCUCUCCGAAAAAGGGUCUUCUGAUCCC